ACCAACAAAGUUUACACAGCGGACUCGUCGCAUUUCAAAAAAUCGAAUAAUCUCUCUCUCUCUCUCCUCUCUCUCUCUCUCUCUCACACACACAAAUUUUCAACUUCAGUCUCACAAAAUUUUUCCGAGGAGUCGCGGCCUUAGGGUUCCGAUUCGUAUCUCUAUCGGCCUCCUCAGAUCCUUCAAAGCCAUUCACAGCUUUCUUUCAUCUAAUGGCCUUCGUUUGAUGAUCUUCGUAUUCUGGAACGGUUCCCAAUGGAGGCUAGCAAUGCUAUAUGUGACUCAUUAAACAGGAUGAGCCCUGACAAUGAAGUUGACAAACAACUUCCUGCCGCUGAAGAAGAUUUUUCAGAGAAAGUGAGCGAGGUUCCUUUGAGUGGCUCUGAGAUUGCAGGUUCAAAUGGGACACCAGAAAUUGCUGACAGAUUGGAGGAUGGCAGAACCAGUAACUCAUUGAAUGAUGCACUGUUAGAUAAGACAACUGUACAUGCUGAGACUAAUGGUUCCAUUACCUCUAAGGAGCUUAAAGUGAAACAGAUAGAUCAGUCAAAGAAUCCUAAACCACAAAAGGGUGAAGGUAAGAUGAAAAAUGAAAACUGUUCUAGCCCCAAACAUACUGUGACAAUGUUGAAAAAGAAAGACCCAAAAGGCACAGAUACAAAUUCUAGUCCUUCAAAUGGUUCCUUGGCUUCAGAUUCACACCCAAAACAAUCAUUUGCCCUUGGAAUGAGGAGUAAAUCAACUAACGACAGGGAAGUUUCUGACAGCAAAUCCAAACCAACCCCAAACAUUCGCACUACCAAGCAGCCAUCUGGAAAAUGUGAUGCAGCAUCAUCUGCUAUGAAUGUGCUACAGUCUGAAGGCCUCAUGGAGAAAACAAAACUGAAUUCAUUGAAAAAGAGCCACCCAAGUAAAGCAGAAGGAAGCACAGAAUCUGCUCUAAGCCCCCGCGCAGGAGAGGCUAAACCUCAAAGAGUGGGUACUCUCCCAUUUUACAAUUUCAGUUUUAGGUGUGACCAAAGAGCUGAAAAGAGAAAAGAGUUCUACUCCAAACUUGAGGAGAAGAUUCAUGCAAAGGAGGUAGAAAAGAGUAACAUGCGAGCCAAAACCAAGGAAACUCAAGAAGCUGAGAUUAAAAUGUUGAGGAAAAGUUUGACUUUUAAAGCGACACCCAUGCCAAGCUUCUAUCAGGAACCUCCACCUCCCAAGCCAGAGUUGAAGAAGAUACCACCAACGAGAGCCAAAUCUCCCAAGUUUGGUAGAAAGAAGAGCUCCCCCUCCAAAGACUCUGAAGGAAACAGCGACCACAACUCCAGACCUGGUCGGUUAAGUUUGGAUGAAAAGUUGACCCCAGAUAACACUGCCAGAGGACCUCCACCCCAUCUUAAGAAGCCACAAAGGAAGUCCCUACCCAGACUGCCUUCUGAGAAAACCGUCAUAUCUAAUGAAUCUGCAUCUUGCACCUCAUUCACCGAAACAACAGCAUCUCAUAAGACCACAUUGCCCAAUGAGAAAAUUGAAAUUGUAUCCAACGUGCAAGAGGGAGCUCCUAAUGCUGAACCGAGCCACACGGAGGUCAAAGUGGAUAAUGUGCCUCUUGUCGAAGAUCACGCCCAGGUGACCUUGGUGCAGGAUUCAGUUGCAUUGGAGAAUUAAACUCAACAGGGAGGAAGUGGAGUAAUGAAGGCAAUGGAGCUGAAUUUGUAUGGAUUGCCCCCCCAAUCUCACCUUAAUCCUGAACGUCACAGGAGGUAUCAAUAAUUUCUUCGGUCGUUCAACAAUGAGGGCUUGAAAGAUUUUGUAUGAAGGGUGGUUAUAUUUUCUUGUCCAUAGGCAGCAGCAAGGUUUGCUCAUUUAAUGUGCAAUGGCUUUCAAGAUUUGCUUGUUUGGUCAUUGGGAUUGUGCAUCCUAUUGCAGCAUUGUACAAUAUUGUUCACCUGUUAUCCUAAUUUAUAUGCCUGCAAAUGUGCUUCAGUUUCUAGGUAAAA